UACAUGAGCCGCACGAGCUUCGGUCCCACUGUUCUGCCUCUGCUCGGUUUCUAUAACGUUACAUGGAAACUCCUGACAGAGUAGAGAUUCCACAGCUGCAAGAUCUUGGAACGACGACUCAAGACAUAAAUACGGCCCCGUUAUCCAACAUAGCCGUGCAAGUGCUAUCCAUCAGCGCCGUUUUACUGUCACUCAUGACCAUCCUUAUAUUCUUCAACAUGUUCCGAGACGAGACUGCCCAAAGACCAGAAGAUCCCGAACCAAACACUGCACGCGGCGCGCCACAACGAAGCUCUGUUCCACCCUCCACCAAGGAAACUACUCCAUCCAGUGGCAGCGAGGAAACAACUACCACCACCUCCACCCCGAAACCCCGAGACGAGUACGUGUGCGAAACCAAGGACUGCUUCGACGGGGCCGAUAUCUACAACAGGUCAGUCACACAGAGCAAUGACCCUUGCAAGAACUUUUACGCUUAUGUAUGCGGAAACGGGGUAAACACCAUGCAUGAGCUUCACCAGCAGCUUUCUAGCGAGAUCAGGAAGGCAUUUCUCGCGUCCGCGGUAUCUGAAGACAGCGCAGUGAAGAAAGCGCGCGACUUUCGCCAGAGCUGCUCGACUAGGGAAAACAACAAGGAUGACAAUCUCCAAACGUUGAAAGUCUUCUUUGAAGAAACUGGCCUGUCUUUCACUGGAGGUACAGGCAUAGAUCCUCUGAGUACAGUGGUGCGUCUGUUGUUAAGCUAUGGCAUGCCUGUAUUUAUCGACAUCGUUGUAGAUCAGAGGGAACUUUACGAAGAAACAUAUUUACUGUCGCUCGUGGAGGAUGAAAGAUUCCGUCUCGCGUCUCAAACCGAUGUCUCCGACGAGGACAUGCAGGUUUUCGUGGAGAACGUUAUUAGUGAACUUGGUGUUGCAGACCCGCAGGAAAUUGCUCGAGAAAUUUUCAAAUCACAACAGAAAGUAAUCAACUUCAGAAGGAGCAACGGCUACGACACUGCCCAACCGGCGACGGCACAGUUGGCAGCAUUUUUCCAGGAUGGAGUUUUGAAUGAUAAAUGGAACGGCGCCCUAAGACAAUACUCAGAGGGCGUUCUACCAGGGUCCUACUUUGUGAACUUUCAGGAGAGUUUCCGAGAUUUCUUGACGGAAACAUUUUCGACGGUGAGCGACAGCGACCUGGAAUCAGUUAUCGCCUGGAGCCUGGCAAGUCGCUUAUCUAUCGUUGCAGGCUUGAAUUCAGAUACAAUCGACUCGCGGAAGCUGAACUGCUACGAUAAAACACGAGAGAUGUUCCAGUACGCUGUUACGAGUCCUUAUCUACAUGCUACCGUUAACCAAUCAAGACUUUUGGUAAUAUCGAAGAUGAUAAAGCAGAUUCAGAGCACCAUCAUCGGAAAUAUGCGGAAGUCUCAGUGGCUGGACGGUUUCACACGGGAAGCCCUGGUUUCCAAGGUAGAAGACAUGAAGUUUCAAGUUGGAUUUCCGAAAGGUUUGGAGACUGCUGCGGGUGUUAACAGAUUCUACUUAUCAUACCCACAGAUGGGUGGAACUUUCCUGAAAUCAUUCCUGGACGCUUCGAAGGCCCAGAUAAGAGCCAUGUUACGUUUCAUCGGCAAAGUACCCGCAGACAUUCUAGCCCUGGACGUCAGUAGAGAGGGCGUGGACGCGCUUUACAAUCGAGAAAACGUCGUACGCAUAUCAGCGGGAAUGCUGGUGUCCCCCAUAUUGAGCUACGGUGGACACGCGGGUACCAACUACGGGGCUCUGGGCUCGGUUAUAGCGGGGCAGAUUAUGCGAGGCUUUGUAGGCAGCGCGAGACACGAAGCAAAACCCAACGUGCACAUAACGUGGUCGUCGAAUAGCGAGCGGGAGUUCCAAGACCGCAUGCAAUGCUUUCAGAAUGCUGUCCCAGAAGGUUCAACAGCUGAACAGGAAGACUUGAAAGCUUACAUGAUGCCACUGACGUCACAUUAUCAGGCGUUCAGGUCUGCUCUGGUGAAAGGCCGUGUGCCCACCGCUCUGAAGCGGUUCACGGACGACCAGUUAUUUUUCAUAGCUGGUUGUUUUUUGCACUGUGGUGAUACUGGUAACACCGUCCCGGCCAGCAGGUGCAACGUGCCUUUGCGGCAAUCAUCAGCAUUCAGUGCUGCGUUUAAAUGCAAGGAUGGUAGUCUUAUGAAUCCGAGGGACAAGUGUACGCUCUGGUAGCUUCAGCGAUUAGACUUUUUUUUUCUGUCGAUUUUUCCUCCUCGCUACUUCGACCUGUUCAAGGACGACAGUUGUAUGUGUUUUACUUCUGAAAAAAUAUCGCUUUUAUAGGCGGACUAUCGUGACCCAUAAAAAAGGUGUUUGCGACGCCGGUCACUCAAUCUGCUAUUAAAGUUUCAAUGAUUUUCAUGAACGA